AAAACAUCAACCAUGGACUACUUGUAGCUAGAGUAAGGUGUAAUUCUAUAAAUAGCUGAAUCACUUAAUUAGGUUGCACCACUAAAUAGCUAAAUAUUUUUAUCCUUCUCAAACAACUGUUAUAUGGCGGGAAAAACAAACGGAGUUGCAAGAAUCCAUGGAGGAGACCAAGUUGAGUCUCAAUCUCAAGAGGAUAUAUGGAAGUGCAUAUUUGGUUUCACUGAAAUGGCUGUAGCAAAAUGUGCUAUUGAAUUGGGGAUUUCUGAUUUCUUGGAAACUCAUCAAGAACCUAUCACCUUAAACAAAUUGUCCUCUGCACUAGGCUGUUCUGCUUCUUCCCUACAUCGGAUCAUGAGGUUCUUGAUAAACAGGGGAAUAUUCAAAGAGGUGUCUAAUGGACAUGGUGAAAUGGGCUAUGUCCAAACACCUGUUUCUCGUCUGCUGACGAGAAAUGGAGGACAUAGCAUGGCUGCUCUUAUGCUACUUGAAAGUAGCCCAGUCAUGCUUGCCCCAUGGCACUAUCUCAGUGCCCGCGUUUUGGCAAAAGGGAAUACUGCAGCAUUUAGUGCGGCUCAUGGAAAGGAUGUGUGGGAGUACGCGAAAACCAAUCCACAGCAUAGCAAGCUGAUCAAUGAUGCUCUGGCGUGCCAUGCACGGGUGACAAUGCGUGCCGUUAUCGAUAAUUGUGUGGAGAUAUUCAAAGGGAUAGAGUCAUUGGUGGAUGUUGGUGGAGGUAAUGGAACAACUCUUGGUAUGUUGGUGAAGGCAUUUCCGUGGAUUAGUGGGAUCAACUUUGAUCUUCGUCAUGUUGUGUAUGUUGCUCCUCAUUGUCAUGGUGUUGUACAUGUUGAAGGGAAUAUGUUUGAUUCUGUUCCCAAAGCUCAUGCUACUUUCCUCAUGUCGGUCUUACAUGACUGGAGUGACAAGGAAUGCAUUCAAAUCUUGAAAAACUGCAUAAAAGCUAUUCCAAAAAACACUGGAAAGGUGAUAAUUGUGGAGGCAGUUCUUGAGGAAAAAAUGGGCAAUGAAAAAGGGCUCAAGGAUGUUGGUUUUAUGCUAGAUAUGAUAAUGAUGGCUCACACAACUAAUGGAAAAGAAAGAACUGCAAAAGAAUGGGCUCAUAUUCUGACUGCUGCUGGAUUCAGUAGGCACUCUAUUGUGGACAUUCCUGCUAUUGAAUGUGUUAUUCUGGCUUAUCCUUGAAUUGGAUCUUCUCUUAAAAUUUGUUUUUUCUUUUUGGCUUUGUUUAUUCUGUUUUUUGUGCUAUGUCGGUUUAGGUUUGAGGUUAUUGUUUGGUUAAAUGUGGAAUAAUUUAUUCAGUUGUUGUGUGUCAAUCUGUCCAAUUGCUUGUUUCAAGUAAUUAUUUGAAAUAAUUAUUUUUUGUUUAACCA